CUCUCUUCCAAUCCAGACAAAAGGAGAAGACGACAGAUCCGCGGCGACGCGCACUGAGCCGAGCAUCCGAGCACCUUGGAGACGCCACGGGUUUGAUUCGACGCGCAAGAACGCACACCGGCACACACGCCCUCCAGGUCCACCUGAGCCCCCCAGGCCGGUUAAUUGUCCAGUUUGAAGGCCGUGGAAAGGGAAUCUGAGCCCCGGUUCAAUCGCAGCCAGAACACCGUGUUCCCAUGAUGUCAUACCUGUGGAUUCUGCUAUUAGGAAGCCUGCUGGCUGCAGGCGCCAAGGCACAAGAUGAUGCAACCCCAAAAGAGGAGACAGAAGCUCCUGCAACCCCGACUCCUGAAGUAGAAGCAGUGCCAGAGGACAAGGAAGAACCUGCAGCUGACGAGGAAGCUGAGCAUAAUCAUGAGGAAAUAACACCAACGGCAAGUGAGCCGGAGCCUGCUGCUGACAAUAAGGCCGAUGAAGCAGUCACUCCUGCUGUUGAACAGGCAGAACCAUUGACUCCCACACAGGAGGAUGCAAAACCAGACGAGGAUGCAAAACCGGAUGAGGAUGCAAACCCGACGACUCCUGCGCAGGAGGACAUACAGCCGACGACUCCUGCACACGAGGAUGCGGACCCAGCAGCUCCUGCUGAUGAAGAUGCACAAACAGUGACACCUGUUGCAGCAGACACAGAGGAGGAGGCACCUGCAGCAACACCAGAGCCUGCAGCUGAUGUAGAAGAUAAGGACGCAAAGGCUGAGGAACCGACAGCUGAUGGAGAAGAGGAAGCUACCUCAAGCGCUGGUGCAACACCAGCCAAGGAGGAGGAGAGUGGACCAGAGGCUACACCGGCAGCAGAUCCAGCUGUAUCACAUGAUGAGGAAAAACCAACUGAAGCACCUGCUGCUGCAGACCCAACAGUACCACCUGUCAGUAUAGAUGUGGAGCACAUUGUCCCAGAUAAAGAGGCUCCUGAAGUGGAUACAGGAUUAAACAUGGAAGACUCUUCGAAAGGUGGGAUUGAGAACAAUCUAGUGCAGAUUCACAAUGAAGCUGAUGCACGUGCUUCUGGUGCCAAAGCAGAUGACAAACCUGAAGCCCAAGAGGGCAGCUCCAGCUCCAUAGCAGGCAUCCUGUGUGCAAUUGCCGUGGCUGUAGUGGGAGCAAUCGUUGGAUACUUCACCUAUCAGAAGAAGAAACUGUGCUUCAAAAAUAGACAAGAAGCAGAUCCAGAAGCUGCACGCAAAGCUGAUGCAGCAGAGGCCCAGUCGGAUCCCCAGGUCCUUAGCAACCUGCUGAACUCCUCCUAGACCAGCAAUGAUCACGUGACUGCCUGGACCAACUACCGGCAAGCAAAGUGGCAAUCUCACUGUUAGGCUCAAUCUUCUGUAGAGCUAAAUUACUGUGAGGCCCCAGAGUAGGGCUGUGUGUGUUUCUGUCUGGUUGAUUGCGUGCGUGCAUGCAUGUGUUGAUGUGUGCGUGUGUGUGUCUGUGUGUGUGUGUGUGUGUGUGUGUGAGUGUGCAUAUGUGUGUUCACUCUCGUGUGUGUGCAUAUAUGUGGGGAGUAAAUAUAUGUGAACCUUAGGGGGUUUAUGAUUGUUACAACUUAAGAAUUUAUUGAAAUGAUUGGACAAACUCUCUACUUUAAACCAAAUCCAACAUUAUUUUUAAGUAGUGGACAUUAAAGAGAUUAAAUCUCAAAUUUACCAUGAAAUGGCUAAAUUAUAGAACAACCUUUUUUUUUUUUUGUAUGGCUACUAUCCAGUUCUAGUAAUUCAGUGUGAAUAUAAAGCAGUGACAGUUAUUGAUGUUGUAGACGUUUAACUUUGUACUGAAUUCUUAAAAGUGGAAUCUGUUGUCAUUGUUUGAGCCGCCCAUCUGAUUUUGCUAAUCCACUGGAAACAGUCACUCAAGUACAACAUAUUUUUCUUUUUGUUAGUGUCUGCAGUACAAAUGCAGGAUAGAUGGAUAACAGGGGGCUUCAAUAACUACCACUGUAUUUCCUGGAUUCUGACGAGGAGACAUAGUACAGGGUUAUGAUCCUAGGAUUCUGGGGAUGCUGUUACAUGGUCCAAUGUGUGUUCAGGGGCCACUGAUGUCACUGUAUGUGUGUGUCUGUGUGUCAAUUUUUUGGUUGGUGAAGGGGCUUUAGUUUUAAAUCCUAUCGGGUGACUACCACUUCUCCUCAGUCAGUUCAAUCCAUCAGAGUGAAAUUUGCAAUUUAACACAAAAAAAAGUGUAGUCCAACCCUGUUUCAGUCAAUGGAUGAAUGUUCACUUUGACACUUGACAUUGACAAAUUCAAAAGAGGUCAUGUAGUAAUGUAUUAGACAUUGUUCUGAUGUAGUAUGUGUCAGUCUAGUCGUGAUGCAGUAAUUUCUCCUCUAUAGUGCCUUUCACUGACACAGCCUGGCUUGACCAAUCUACAGACACACAGGGAAGAGACCUGGGACAAUAACAGUGAAAACGGGCAAAAUAAAUAGUUGAAUGUAUCAAAACACGUUAGACAAUUGAGGAAUGUAUGAUCCUAAUGAAUUCAUAGUCAUCUAGGUGGUUGUAAAGCCUCACCGUGAACUGCUUGUGUAUGUGAAACUGUUACGUGUCUGUAACAGCUGCUCUAUAUCCGUUCGCAGCGGGCUGUUUGCUGUUUUAUUUCCAGUGCUUUUUUUAAAAAACCAAUAUUGCAUUCCAAGCCUCACAUUUCAGGGUUUGACAUCUCCUCAUUGUGUGUCUCUUCGUUUGAGCAAGCCAGUCGCUGUCACGGUGUUUUUGUAUCAUUCAUAUUUCCACGUUACGAACACCAUUCACCUGUGAUUUUUUUAUAUGAAUUUUACUUUUAGCGGUGGUGCCUCAGAGCUGACACAGAUUGUCCCUAGUCGACUUGUUCGCUGUGGUAUUUUGUGAUUAUCAUUGUGAAAUGCCUCAGAAGCAGCGCUACUGCUUUUAAAAUAAAAAUCAAAAAGCCCUUUUUUUUUUUUUUUUCACGGCUGUAGCACAAAAAAUAUUAACUUCUGAAUGUCUUUUCGUUGCCUUGCAGUUUUGUACUUGCUCUGCUCCCUUUAAACUUUGAAACUGGGUUAUAGAGGUUGCAUAGUGCCGCAAUUCAUGUAAUGUGUGUUACUUGUAAAGCACCAUAUAGCUGCAAUACAGGACAGAGACUGUUGCUAACAGCCUAGCCUCAAGUUGAGAAAUAUUAAUAGUCUGUGAUGUCACAUAUCGCUUAAUCCUACUGUGUAAAACUGUGGGCUGGACGCUGGGUCAAAGCUCUGUUUGAAAUGCCUUCUUAUCUUGUAAUCUGUGAUAGACUGAGUUUCUCUUCACACAUUGGAACCAAGCAGAUGUCUGAAAUCUCCUGCUGCAUCUGCUACAAUGGCAUGGAGUGAAAAUGCACAAAAUACCCACUAACUAACAGUACAAGCUUUCACAUACAGCCACUGAUGCCUUCAAAACGAAAACCUUUUAAUGCAGUAAUUGCCCCCGCUGUGCGCUCCAAUAAGUGCAAUCAACAAAAGCACCCUGCUGUCCUGCUGUGCACAUUCAGAAACCUUAGUGGGACUGAUUUAAUGUAAAGGAGACCAAAACAACAAUAAAUCCCUAAAAAUGGCACAAGGAAUGUUUGCGUUUUUGAGCAUUAUGGUCUACUCUACAUUUAGUCCCAAGCAGUCACAUUCCUUGUAAACACAAACUAUUGGAGCGUAGCAUCCAAACCAGAAUGUAAAACCAAGGAGAUUGUAGACUUGCCGGGUCCUGAAGUGCACUUCCCAGAUAUCGCUGAGGCAUCAGUCGUGGCGCUGACCAGUCCUGCCUUAAACCGCCUCUUGAAUACAAAGCUCAAUGUCAUCAUCAGAAAGCAAACGGUGAAACAAGCAGAGAUGUUUUGCAGGUGAUUUUAAUAACACAAUCUCUAUGGGAGAAGCACUUUCCUAUCCUGUAUACAUCUUGAUUCAUUAAACAUAUUUAGACAAUUCAUCACGUUUGAUUCAGACUAGUGACUCUUCCUUUUUAUUUAAAUAUGCUAUGUUUUUAUUUUGUGUAGGAACUGUCUUCUUCAAUUUUUUUUGUCAUCUGGCACUUGUGUUGUUCCUCUGGAAUUGUGUAAAUAAUGUUUGAGGAGUCAAUUAAACAGUUUUCGUGGGA